CCCCAGUGGCUGGUGAAGGUAAUGGAGCAUCCAGCGCUUCAUCACCGCAUCGCUCCAGCAGCACAUCUCAUAGCGGUGGUGAACAGGCAGGGAGCAGCGCGUAGGGAGGAGGACGUAUGUCGAUUCACCAAGGUGUCUGGAAAAUUGAAGGGAACGCUGCAAGGGACAGCUUCUAGAUAUUUCGGGGCCUGCCAAUUAGGGCUCCGUUCAGGGUCUAUUACAUUGGCUUUUCAUUCACUGUGAAAGAGAGCCUAUUAUUUAUCCCACAAGAUGGGCAAUCGGGGAAUGGAGGACUUGAUUCCUCUGGUAAACAAACUGCAGGACGCCUUCUCUGCCAUCGGACAAAAUGCCAACCUGGACCUUCCUCAGAUCGCAGUGGUCGGUGGCCAGAGUGCUGGGAAAAGCUCGGUAUUGGAGAACUUCGUUGGGAAGGAUUUUCUGCCUCGUGGCUCUGGUAUUGUCACUCGGCGCCCCCUAGUGCUGCAGCUCAUCAACUGCCCUACUGAAUACGCUGAGUUUUUGCACUGCAAAGGGAAGAAGUUUACUGAUUUCGAUGAGGUUCGUCAGGAGAUUGAAGCAGAGACAGAUCGCAUCACUGGCCAAAACAAAGGCAUUUCACCCGUCCCCAUCAAUCUGCGUGUCUAUUCGCCUCAUGUUUUGAAUCUCACGCUCGUGGACUUGCCCGGUAUGACCAAAGUGCCGGUAGGUGACCAGCCGCAUGACAUUGAGUUUCAGAUCAGGGACAUGCUAAUGCAGUUUGUGACUAAGGAGAACUGCUUGUUGCUGGCUGUGUCUCCGGCCAACUCUGACCUGGCCAACUCAGAUGCUCUCAAGAUUGCCAAGGAGGUGGACCCUCAGGGUUUGAGAACUAUAGGUGUGAUCACUAAAUUGGAUCUAAUGGAUGAAGGAACCGAUGCACGUGACAUCCUGGAGAACAAGCUUCUUCCUUUACGCAGAGGCUACAUUGGGGUUGUGAACCGCAGUCAGAAGGACAUUGAUGGCAAGAAGGACAUCACUGCUGCAAUGGCAGCGGAGAGGAAGUUCUUCCUCACCCACCCAGCCUACCGACACCUGGCUGAUCGCAUGGGGACUCCCUACCUGCAGAAAGUGCUUAACCAGCAAUUAACUAACCACAUCCGGGACACUCUGCCAGGACUGAGAAAUAAACUUCAGAGCCAGCUACUGUCCAUUGAGAAAGAGGUGGAGGAGUACAAGCACUUUCGCCCCGAUGAUCCUUCUCGCAAAACCAAGGCUCUGCUACAGAUGGUGCAGCAGUUUGCGGUGGAUUUUGAGAAGUGCAUUGAGGGUUCAGGAGAUCAGGUGGACACAGUGGAGUUGUCCGGUGGUGCGAGGAUCAAUCGCAUCUUCCAUGAGCGCUUCCCCUUUGAGCUGGUUAAGAUGGAGUUUGAUGAGAAGGAGCUGCGAAAGGAGAUCAGUUACGCCAUCAAGAACAUCCACGGUAUCAGGACUGGUCUGUUUACUCCAGAUAUGGCUUUCGAGACUAUUGUUAAACGGCAGAUUGCGAAGAUCAAAGAGCCUUGUCAGAAAUGUGUGGACCUUGUCAUCACCGAGCUGGUCAAUACGGUCAGACAGUGCACCAAGAAGCUGGCUCAGUACCCCAUGCUUAGAGAGGAAAUGGAGAGGAUCGUCACCCAGCACAUCCGUGAUCGAGAGAGUCGCACUAAGGAUCAGGUCAUGUUGCUAAUUGACAUUGAGUUAGCCUACAUGAACACCAAUCAUGAGGAUUUCAUCGGUUUUGCAAAUGCCCAGCAGAGAAGCAGUCAGAUGAACAAGAAGAAGGCUGCUGGCAAUCAGGAUGAGAUAAUGGUGAUCCGAAAGGGUUGGCUGACCAUCAAUAAUAUUGGCAUCAUGAAAGGAGGAGCGAAGGAGUAUUGGUUUGUCCUGACCGCUGAGAAUCUGUCCUGGUACAAAGAUGAUGAGGAGAAAGAGAAGAAGUACAUGCUGCCAUUGGACAACCUGAAGCUCAGAGACAUAGAGAAGAGUUUCAUGUCCAGCAAGCACGUGUUUGCUCUCUUUAACACUGAACAAAGGAACGUGUAUAAAGACUACAGGCAGCUUGAGUUGGCUUGCGACACCCAAGAGGAGGUGGACAGCUGGAAGGCAUCCUUCCUACGAGCUGGAGUUUACCCAGAGCGCAUCACUGAUAAAGAGAAGCAAAAUGACGCUAGUGAAGAGAACGGCUCGGAUGGCUUCAUGCAUUCCAUGGAUCCUCAGCUGGAGAGGCAGGUGGAGACCAUCAGGAACCUUGUGGAUUCCUACAUGGCCAUUGUCAACAAGACUGUGCGGGACCUCAUGCCCAAGACCAUCAUGCAUCUCAUGAUCAACAAUACUAAGGAAUUCAUCCAUGCUGAGUUGCUGGCUAACUUGUACUCAUGUGGAGACCAGAACUCUCUGAUGGAGGAGUCAGCAGAACAGGCUCAGCACAGGGAGGAGAUGCUGCGCAUGUACCACGCUCUGAAAGAGGCCCUCAACAUCAUCGGGGACAUCAGCACCACCACCGUCUCCACUGCCAUGCCCCCGCCGGUGGAUGACUCCUGGCUCCAGGUGCAAGGAGGACCUUCAGGGCGCAGGUCUCCAAUGUCUAGUCCCACUCCCCAGCGUCGGGCCCCACCUGGGCCUCCUCGCCCAGGUGGACGCACCGCCCCAGGACCUCCUACUGCUGGAGCACCUCCUGUGCCAUCCAGACCUGGAGCCUCUCCCGACCCCUUCAGCGGCCCCCCGCCCCAGGUUCCCUCUCGUCCCAACCGCGCCCCACCAGGCGUCCCCAGCCCUUCUGCCCUGACCUGAUCCCUGGUCUUUAACACGAGAAAGACAGAUCAGUAACACUCUUUCUGCUACUUCUACUUCUCUCUCCUGUCACAAUCCAUUACUUUUUCUCAGCUCACACACUCCUACACACAGUCCAACUCACAGACCUGCACUAACAAACCACUCACACAUUAUUUUCAACUCAGCUGGUUUUGUUUUUCCAUCUCCUUGACAUGAAUCCAUGUGCAUAUUUAUUCAAAUGAUGUUUUAAACCAUUCAGUUCAUGUAUUGUUUGUAUAGUAACAUCAGUGCAUCAGCUUUGUGAGAUCAUUCUCUCAUGAUAUACAUGUUUGGGAGGAAAAUACAAGGGAAUUAGACCAAUUAAAUGGGACAAAUCAUUUAGAUAAUACAUUUUUGCUUCCUCCCAUUGCCUCUUUUCUGUCGACCGGUGUUCUCCUCAAACUCAGUCCCACUAAAUCCCUUCCACAAUGAUUCCGGUUAUUCUUUCAGAAUUUCUAUCAGUGACCAAUGAGGAGUUACGCAAAUGGUAUGUCUGACAUAUCGUCCGUAUGUGACAUCACUAUGUUCUUGCAUGGCUCUGUCUUUAAAUGUGUUUAACAUCUGAUUGUUCCCUAACACCUCUCAUUUACUAGAUGUGUGUACACACACUGUUUAUUACUGUUAAUUUAUUUGUUCAGAGUAUUUUAUUUUUCCUAAUAUCCUAAUUUCAACUAUGCUUAGAACUGCCAUAAGGAAGAGAUGCCAGAACAACUCAGUCUUAAAUGUAUGUUAUGCAUUUAGUUCUUUUUUUUAGCAAUAAUUGUAUUGUAAGUUACCAUAAGUUAACAUGGUUUUAAAUCAGCGGAAUAAUAUUUUAUUUUUUUUUACUAACUUUCAAUUUAAUUAAUUUCAUUUCAUUUGGCAAUAGAAUUAAGUUAGUUAUGUGAAUUUAAAUUAACAAUAAUUUAAAAGGUUUUAUUCUUUUCUUUUCUUUUUUAAUUAGAUUAAAUUACAAAAUUUAUUUUAAUUUGUAUUUAUUUUAUUUUUUAUAUUUGGUGGGUUGGUGUUUCAGCCACAAUGUCUCGUUGGUGUUUUUAAUUUAAUUUAAUUUAAUUUAGCAAUAGUUGUAUUUAAGUUAUACCAUAAAUUAACAUUGACCGAUUUUUCAAUAAAAAUAAAAAACCUGUAAUUUAAUCUAAUUUUAAAAAGACAAAGAAUAAAACCUUGUUUAACAUUAAUUUGAGAUGAUUUACAAUAAAUUACAACAACAUUACAUUAUAAUUACAGUACAUUAAAUUAAAUUAAAUUAAAUAAUAAUAAUAAUUAAAUAAAGGUUAAUUUGUGGUAUAACUUAAAUACAGCUAUUGCCAAAUUAAAUUAAAUUAAAUUCUGAUGAAGAAAUAAAAAAAAUAAAAAUAAAACAAAAUAACAAUUUUAAAAAAUGUAAUUUAAUCUUUGUUUAAUUUCUAUUUUUUUAUUUCUUUGUCAAAUUGAAUUGAAUUGAAUUGAAUUGAAUUUAGUAGUAGUUGUAUUUAAGUUAUACCAUAAAUUAACAUUAAUUGAACGUAAUUUAAUCUAAUUUAAAAAAGACAAAGAAUAAACAUUUUAAAUUAAUGUUAAUUUAUAAUGAUUUAAUUUAAUUAAAUUACAUUACAGUAAAUUACUAUUGCUAAAUAAAUUUUCUAUUAAAUAUAAAAAUAAAACAAAAAUUACAAUUACAUAAAAUGAAAAAAAAAUCAAUUGAUUUUAAUUUAGGUUAUAACUUAAAUACAACUAUUGCCAAAUUAAAUUACAUUUUGAAUUGAAUUGAAUUGAAUUUAAUUGAAUUUAAUUUGAGCCAUAUAGAUCCAAUUUAACACAUAUAGAUUUUUCUAAUACUUGGCAUAUGACAUGCUGUUUAUGUUUUUAUGUCAUUUUGUGUCUUCCUGAUACUUUAUUAUUAUUAUUAAUUAUUUGUAUUUAUUUAGUUAUUGUUUACAGAAAGUAUUUUUUGUGAGACCUAACAUGCCAAAUGUUCAGUAAUGGCUCUGCUGCUAACUUUCGUUUAGUUUACUUGUAAUACUUAACAUCAGUCCCAAAUUUCUUGACAGUGAUUUGGAUUAAACAGUUUUAAUCCAAAUUUUAUUAUUAUGUUUUAAACUAAAUUAUAAAUUAUAAUCUGAUUUAUUAUUCCUGUAGAUGUUUAAAACUUGACAUCACAGAUUUUGUAGUUCAUGAAUUCUCUUGUGUAUCAUACAGUAUAUGUUCAUUUUCAGUGUUCAUUGUUACUGCCUUUGUCUUCAUGUUCUUUUGUGUCGUUCCUAAUCGUGUCUUUUGCCCUGUUGUCUGUCUGUCUUUCUGUCUGUCCGUCUGCGUCUAUCAAUCUGUCUGUUGUCAUCUUCGAAGUCGGAGAGCACCAGCCUCCCCCACCAGAUUCUACAGAGACUUGCUCACUGAGCAUUAACACUGGCCAUCAGCAGACAGAGGAAAACCACUGACCCCUCUGCCACUAUACCACAUGCAUGCACACAAGCACAGUCCACAUACAUAUCACACGUUUACUUGAAAGAGUAUUUACUCUUCCACAAAUAUACACCAGGAAUGAACAUCAGUAGUAUUAUAAAUUGAUCUAAUAAUUGUACCUCUCACAUGAGCACAGAUGUGGUGCCAUUCUAUUCAUUACCAGCCUAUAUCCUGUAUUUAAGAAUAAAGAACACUAGAUAUAAAAUGCACAGGGAUCGUCUGAGUAAACCAGCCUAUUUCACUGUUUGCUUCAACAUUUAUGCACAUGAAUGCUAAAUGACACUGACAUGUUUUACCUUGAACAUUUACUAGCAACAACUAAGCCUUAACCAGCAUCUAACCAGUUCUUAACCCCAAAAUAAAAGUGACCUGCAUGUUUGUCUUAAAAA